CAUUCGUUCGCAGAGAACUUUGCGAUCACAAAUAUUCGAAUAAAAAAUAUAAUCACAGAACUUUUGAACUUUUCCUGUGACUUGUGAUUGAGUUCCGCAGUGCUAACAGAACUUUUCCCCAGUUUAAGUUUUCCCAGCGAACUACGGUAUUUUUGGCGGGACGUUAAAAGAAAAUAUAUCUAUAACUAUGAUGUGGUGGGCAGUAUGUUGCGUGGCAGUGGUCGUCGGCAGCGUGUACGCAGACGCAGCGCCGGCUUCUAGCGAACUCUCCCAUUCCAUUGACUGGACUCAGUUGGAACCGGCUCCUGAUGAUGAAAGCAUCGAAUACGCGGUGUCUCCGGGAGGGCGCUAUCCCGCCGCACCCUGGCUCUACUUGCUCGCUGACGUCCCCCGAGAUUCACAGAGGCUGGCAGGACUUCGGGAGGGUCGCGCUCGGCCCAAGCGCAAAAUGCCUUCCCUGUCCAUCAACAACCCUAUGGAGGUGCUUCGGCAGCGGCUGUUGCUGGAGGUUGCACGUAAGCAAAUGCGUGAAGCCAGCCAGAGACAAGCGGUCGCGAAUAGGGUCUUCCUGCAGAAUGUAGGCAAACGAGGUAUCUGGGCGAACUCAAUUUCAUCUCGCUAUGACAACUAAAGGAUGCUAUUGACCCUUUUCUCUUGUUUUCAAAGCUAUCUCCAAUUUCAACAACAUACGAUUGAUAAUAGUCUGAAUUUCGUAUUUUUGUUCAUGUUGAUUAAUCAUAAAACUAUUGAAAAUAUAGUUAAACGUAUUGAAAUAAAAAUAUCUAUGUAAAAUAGCAGAUAAAUGCUUCAAAAUAUUGUAUAAUAUUCUUAAUUGGUUGUUUUUAGUUUGUUUUUUUUUAGUAUUCUGUUAACGUCCCAUUGUAAUUAAUUAAAUUUUAUUAAAUUUUAUAUGUAUUAUAUUGUUUUUAAAAAUGAUUAAGUUGGUGGUAUGUUAACCAGCUCAACAUAACACCGGUAUUGUAAUGUUUGUCCUAUUUAAUACCGUAAAUUGAAAUUGCUACGACUAUCUGUGCCAAAUAGUUUUAUUUAAUAUAUUUUUAUUUAAUUAUAAGUGAUAGUUAUUAUUAUAUAAUAUAGUUGUGAUUUGCAACUGUCUCCUAAUUAGAAUGAAUUUCGUUUAUAGAUAAGUACAGAGUAGCUGUUACAUGUAUAUUUUUUACUCUAAAUAUGAUCUCUAUUAGCUUAUUAAAGUAGAAAAAUUAUAAUAGUCUAUAAUAAAUUGAA